GGUCAGGAGCCCCAGGCAAGGCGGGGGGCGGGGCACGGAGCCCCUUCCGGUUGGGCGGUGCUUGAGCGCGUGAGUAGAGCCGGUGGAUGAGCUAAGGCUGGGGCAUCCUGGCCUGUGGGCGAUAGGAGGAAAGGAUCUGAUUAUCAUGGACCUGCGACAGUUUCUUAUGUGCCUGUCCCUGUGCACUGCUUUUGCCUUGAGCAAGCCCACAGAAAAAAAGGACCGUGUGCACCAUGAGCCUCAGCUCAGCGACAAGGUUCACAACGAUGCUGAGAGUUUCGAUUAUGACCAUGAUGCCUUCUUGGGUGCUGAAGAAGCAAAGACCUUUGAUCAGCUGACACCAGAAGAAAGCAAGGAAAGGCUUGGAGUGAUUGUAGAUAAAAUAGACGCGGAUAAAGAUGGGUUUGUGACGGAGGGGGAGCUGAAAUCCUGGAUUAAGCACGCCCAGAAGAAAUACAUAUAUGGCAAUGUUGAAAACCAAUGGCAGGAGUUUGAUAUGAAUCAAGACGGCUUAAUCUCCUGGGAUGAGUACAGGAACGUGACUUAUGGCACUUACCUGGAUGACCCAGACCCAGAUGAUGGAUUUAACUACAAACAGAUGAUGGUUAGAGAUGAGCGGAGGUUUAAAAUGGCAGACAAGGAUGGUGACCUCAUUGCCACAAAGGAAGAAUUCACAGCUUUCCUGCACCCUGAAGAAUAUGACUACAUGAAAGAUAUAGUAGUACAGGAAACAAUGGAGGAUAUAGAUAAGAAUGCUGAUGGUUUCAUUGAUCUAGAAGAGUAUAUUGGUGACAUGUACAGCCAUGAUGGAAAUGCUGAUGAGCCAGAAUGGGUUAAGACAGAGAGAGAACAAUUUGUUGAAUUUCGAGAUAAGAACCGUGAUGGGAAGAUGGACAAGGAAGAGACCAAAGAUUGGAUCCUCCCCUCAGAUUACGAUCAUGCAGAGGCAGAAGCCAGGCACCUAAUUUAUGAGUCAGACCAGAACAAGGAUGGCAAACUUACCAAGGAGGAGAUUGUUGACAAGUAUGAUUUAUUUGUGGGCAGCCAGGCCACAGAUUUUGGUGAGGCCUUAGUACGACAUGAUGAGUUCUGAGCUGCGGAGGAACCCGUGUUUCUUCAAAAGUAAUUUAUUUUUACAGCUUCUGGUUUCACAUGAAAUUUUUUGCGCUACUGAGACUGUUAUUACAAACUUUUAAGACAUGAGAAGGCGUAACGAAAACCAUCCCGUCCCCAUUCCUUCUCCUCUCUGAGGGACUAGAGGAAGACUGUGCUUCUGAGGAACAACUCUAACUAGUACACUUGUGUUUGUAGAUUUACACUUUGUAUUAUGUAUAACAUGGUGUGUUUAUUUUUGUAUUUGUUCUCUAGUUGGUAGUAUGAUAUGAAGGCUCAAGAUCCUAAACUCGUAGGCAAAAAUUAGCCCUUCACCUUCUCUGAACCCUUACCAUAUAAUUUUUAUAAUUAUGACUUAACCAAUUUUUUUUAAAGCCUGAGAUCAAUAAGAAAUGUUCAGGAGAGAGAAAAAGGAAAAAAUAUACCCCACAAUUUAUAUUUAGAGAGAUAACACUUGAUCUUGCCUGUUGAAAAGUAUAUUUCAUCAGUGGUAGGAGCCAUAUAUUCCAUUCAGUUGCUACAGGUCCAGCAACUGAUCCUGGCAAGGACAGAUCCCUAUGCUGUAAGAAAGUUUGGCUCAACUUCAUUUCAUUCAUCCUUUUUUCCCCCCUUCCCUGUAGGACUGUUUGCUGAUUUUGUCAAGCACAGCUAUGGUAGGGAGAGUUAAGGCCAGUGUCUUGAAAAUCAAGUAGGGUGAUCUUUUUACAGAGCUAUAUAUAGAAACAGCUGGAAAACUAAAAGAAAAAUACAAGUGUUUUCAGGGCACACUUUUUCUGGACGUGCAUCUGUUCAGGUGCUCAAGACUGUCUUGCCUGUUGAAUCACUGUAAGGGCCCCAUGCAGCUCCCAUUCCCCUAGGUUAUCCAAGGAAUUUUGUUUUUACCACAGUUAAAACGUACUCCUUUCUAAUCAUGUCAUUGAAAGUGCCUUUAACAAGAGAAAUAUCAGUGAAUGAGGAUUCUCUUAAGAAACCCUAAGAUAAAAUAAAGAGAAGAUCAUUGCACCACUUUAUGUGAAAGCUUAGAACCUCCCAGUGUAGUGGGGAUUUUUUUUUUCUUUUCUUUCUUUUUCAGACAGUGGUUAAAUGCAGUAUUAGUUGGGAGCUUGGUUGCAGUGUUCUUAUUUUGUGGGCUAGUUUCCAAAAACCACAUGCUGCUGAAUUCACCAGGGAUCCUCAUACCUCAGAAUGCUAACCACUGAACCGCCAGGCCUGUUUCUGUGUCAGCUGGAGAGCUUGAGCUCAGACUCAAAGAUGAGAGGGCCUACAGAGAGUGCUCUUUAGUUUGAGGACCAUUGCUCACCCUUUAUCCUUUUGACCUGUCACUCCCAGUCCCCCAUCACCCCCGCUUCCCCCUGCCAAAAUAAGAGUUUGUCUUGGAUCAACAGAUUGCCAAUCCUUAUCAGAGAAGGACAUUGCAGAAAGAGCUGAAGAAACCGUCCUCUGUUCCUUGCUCACUACCCAUGUUUUACAUAACACGAACUCUGUCUUUUUCGGUCCCUUUCUUAUACAGAUGGACCUCUUUUGAGAGAAUUUAUAGUAUUCCAAGUUUUUAGCCCUCAGGUUACUAAGAUAAAUAUAUGUAUAUUUAACCUUUAUUACUUCAUGUAUCUUUCUGGAUAAUAUUCAGGUGGUGCUGGGUGAUUAUUAUAAUCUGAACCUAGGUGUAUCCUUUGGUCUUCCAUGAUUGUGUUGAGGUGGGUUACUUGGCCAGGUAUCACGUGACUUCACCCCAGCCUUUGCGUUGAGCUCUUGAGAGUGGAUACACUCUUUUAAGUUUAACCCCAGUUUAGGGGGAAUGGAAAUUCUCUGCCCUCCAGAUUCUCCAUUUUUAUCAUUAAGACCAGAGAUAACUAAUAAUGUCAUUAACCCUGGCUUAGAGCACAUCAUGACUGGCAGGAGAGCCUUGCAGCUCGCUAGGGGCAGAGAGCCCAGGCCUUAUGUUAAAGUCACGCACUUAGAAAGCAAACCUUCAUCUGCUAAGACAGCCCCUUCUGGAUACUGGGUGCUCAGCCGCAAGCAUUGUACUCUAAUCUCUAAUGAUCCCCAUGGAGUAUUAUUAUUACUUUUUUUUGUUUGUUUAAAUCAAGUUUGGGGCUGGUGGACAGUAGCUGCACACCCACAUUGUGUGUCCUGUGAACGCUAGCUCUCUUGAAUUUGGAUAUCAAUUAUUUUUUAUAGAGUGUAAACCAAGUUUUAUAUUCUAUAAUGCAAACAGGUACCUGUUUCUAAAUAAAACUGUUUACAUUC